CACGUUUUAUAAUUCACUGGCUUGUCAAACUUAGGCUGCCCCACGAACGAACGAUAAAAAUGGCGCUAGGCCCAAGGAACCCCCACUUCGGCCAGGCGCCGUCCUUGGACGAAGAAGAAAUAAGGGCGAGACUCUGGCGCCAGCGCCAGCAACAGCAGCAGCAGCAAAAAGCGCCCCCAACCACGAGCGCGGCGCCGCAAGAGGGCGAAAACCGCGCCUUCGACGCGAAAGUAGCCGCGCUAGCGCGACGGAAGGAAAUCAUCCGCGAGGAGUGCUGGGCGGCCUUCGGCGGCCAGGGCGCGCCGGCCGAAGUGGGCGCGAUUCCGGACUUUGACGCGAGCGUCGACGCGGCCUUCGCGGCCGUGCGUCGGGCGGACAAAAGGAAGCAGGAGGAGGAUUUCGAGCGGGCCGUGCAGAAGGAGAUGGCUUCUCUGAUGUCCGACGUGAAGGCUGAAGUUCGACAACAACAAAGGGAGAGCAAGGCCUCGCCCGUGCGACGGGAGGCCAAGGAGAGCGUGGCCGACAUCUUCGGCGGGGCGGAACCGCGCUUCCCGCCGAACCGGCGCCGCGAGGCGAAGGACGACGCGGCCGAGGCCAAGCUUCAGUCGUCCCAGCGCUUCCGCCACCAGCAGCGCGGCGCGUCGUCGAUCGUCUUCGGGUAAGGGUCC